UUCCACCUCUGGGUAUAUUUAAACUGCUUUCAGGAAAACCUGAUGAAUUUCAACAAGUUACUCCCGCCACCUGCAACCCCUGGCGUUACUUCCUAGCUGAAACACCCAGCGGGCUUUUACAAUCCGUUAGGUCGAUAUUCACAAGAGACGCUGCGAGGAAAGGGUGGAAUAAACUUGACGGCCAGGUGAAACCAGGAACUCUGGGCCACCGUGCCAGGAGGCGCAUUCGAGUGACGUCACACGCGCGGCAGGGCGUUCGACUAACCGAAGCCGCGCUCCGCCGGCGGGCCCGCCCCUCUCCCAUAAUUGGCUUGCCCCUUGCUCCGCCCCCUACCGCCAUUGAGCCCUUCGCGGCGCAGCCCCGCCCCUAACGCCCUCGCUCGCCCCUGAGCGCGUGGCUUGCGGUCGGUUGUGGGCGCUGCUGAGAGGGUCGCUGAGAGCCCUCAUUGUUCCCUGUAUGCCAGCUAUCUGCACAUCUAAUGGGAGGACCUAACAAGAUGCAGCCUCUGUAAACCACAGACAGCAGAUCACCAUGAGUAUUUCUUCAAUGCAUAGCAUGCAUACCACAAACUCAGAAAGUAAAGAUGAGUAUAGAAGUGUACGAUCUUCUACAUCUAGUCAGACCUUCAGAGAUCCUGUUAAUGGUUCACGUAAAGGAACUAAGGAAACUGUCUUGUUAAACUCAGAGGAAACCAUACCACAGACAAAACAGAGGAUAUAUUUUUCUUGUCCUCCACAAGGACUACUCAAUAAAGUAAUGACAAAUGGAAUUAUAUUAUUUAUGAGUUGGUGUUUACUAUUGGUAUUCUUAGGCAAUGAAGUUCUUCCUAAUGGAAGUUUAUUUGGACUAGUAAUUAUUUUUUAUAGUGCCUGUGUUGGGGGGAUCCUUUUGCAACUCAUUAGAAUACCUCCAGUGCCCCCACUUCCACCGCUUCUUGGGAUGUUACUGGCUGGUUUUAUCAUAAGGAAUAUUCCAUCCAUCGCUAAACAUGUCAAAGUCCCUACGUGGUGGUCUUCAACUCUAAGAAGCACUGCCCUUACCGUCAUCCUAAUUCGAGCAGGGCUUGGACUCGAUCCAAAGGUCCUGCAGCAGAUGAAGACUGUCUGCUUCCGGCUAUCUUUUGGUCCGUGCCUCGUAGAGGCGUGCAGCGCUGCUGUCUUCUCCCACUUCAUCAUGGAUUUCCCUUGGCAGUGGGGCUUUCUAUUAGGCUUUGUGCUAGGUGCUGUCUCUCCUGCGGUUGUGGUCCCAUCCAUGCUGCGCCUGCAGGAGGCAGGAUAUGGUGCAGAGAAGGGCAUCCCCACCCUGCUGGUUGCCGCCAGCAGUAUGGACGACAUCGUGGCUAUCACGGGGUUCAACACAUUCUUAAACCUCAUCUUCUCCAAAGGUAGCGUACUUCAUAAUAUCCUAUCGACUGUAUGGGACGUACUUGUUGGUGUACUGAUAGGAAUUGUUUUCGGAGUUUUUAUUCAAUAUUUUCCAAGUGAAGAUCAGGAAAAAGUUCCAAUGAAGAGAGCAUUCCUUAUUUUGAGUAUGUCUAUUUCUGCUGUAUUAGGCAGCCAGUACAUUGGUUUACACGGAGCUGGAGGAUUAUUCACGCUAGUGUUGUCUUUCACAGCAGGGUUAAAAUGGGCCACGGAGAAGACUAGAGUCCAAAAACUUAUUACAAGUGCAUGGAAUUUUUUUGAACCUCUUCUUUUUGGCUUAGUUGGAUCAGAAGUAUCUGUUUCAUCACUUAAAUCAAAUGCUAUUGGCACUUGCGUCAUUACCCUGUGUUUGGGAGUACUUUUCCGAAUUUUAAGCACAUUUGCAUUGAUGUGUUUUGCUGGUUUUAGUUUUAAGGAGAAAAUAUUUAUUGCUCUAUCAUGGAUGCCCAAAGCAACAGUCCAGGCUGUCCUAGGUCCCCUGGCUCUGGAGACAGCUCGGCUCACGGCACCCCACUUGGAGUCCUAUGCAAAGGACGUGAUGACAGUGGCAUUUUUAGCCAUCCUGGUCACAGCCCCAAACGGGGCACUGUUCAUCGGCAUCCUGGGGCCCAGGUUCCUCACACGCCACUGGGACCCCAGCAAGGUGAAACUGCACCUGCCAGCGCUCGAGGGUCACUGAAGGUCGCGGCCAUCUCACCCCUGCUGUCCCAGUGAAUUCUCAUAAGGCACAGUAUGUGCAGGUUGUGCAUGAGACCCAGAGCUCCCUAGAGACCCGACUUGUCUGCAGGCUUCCUCCGAAUUCCUGCUUCCCAACCGCACAUGAUAAAACAGCAUGAAAUGCACUGCCCCGUGUUUCUGUAUUUCAAGAACAAAGCUUAUCUGCAAGUACACCAGGAAAGUCGGAUCAGUAAGGCUAUGUUCGGAUGUCACAACACAAACCAAGCUUAACCCAAAUUAAGUGAGCCGAGUGACACAGAAACAUAUCUGAAUGUUGCGCCUGAUAAGCUGCAUUUCCACACAGCAGGAGGACUCCCAUCCCAUUAGUUCAUUCCCACACAUGAUCCAAGAGGGAAAGAAGUGGCAGGAAUGAAACAGUCAGCUCUAAAGAGGUCGGAUAAAUAGAUUUUAAAUUCCAGUUUUAGUGACUACCUGAACAAAUGUUAAGGGAAAGAACCAGAGUUAGCCAUCUGCUCAUACUGCAGCACACUUGGAAUCCGCUUAAACAGUAUUCAGGUGAAAAUAUCUUUAGUUUUUAUUUGCAGAAAUAAAAUCACAAGUGGAAAAAAUACUGUGUAUUUGUGAUUGGUAUUUAAAAUCUGGGCAUGAAAGCCAGUCUGCAGAAAUGAAAGAUUAGAGGCUGGGGAUUUAGCUCAGCAGCAUAAGCGCCUUCCUUGCAAGUGUGCAGUCGUGAGUUCGAUCCCUGGUACCAAUAAAAACGAAAAAGACAAAAAGAAAAGAUUAUUUAAUAGAUGACUGCCAAUGUGAGAGCUGCUUUUUGUUAGCGGUACAGAAUUUUCCUCUGUUCUGGCUAAGGAAAUCUGUGUGCCAGUGUAAAACUAUCGUGUGUCUUUACCCUUUGUUCACUAUUUAAGGAAUUUUUAUUGAAGCGAGACUAUUAUAGUCUAUAAUCCCAGCACUUGGGAGACUGAAGCAGGAGAAUCACUGCAAGUUUGAAGUUUGGGCUACAUAGUGAGUUCAAGGCAAGUCUGAUACAUAGCAAAACCCUGACUCAAAAAGAUUAUCAACUAAAUAUGGUGGGACAGGCCUGUAAUCCCCAGCACUCAGGAGGCUGAGGCAGGAAGAUCUUUAUAAGUUUGAAGGCAGCCUGGGCUACACAGUGAGCUCAAAGCGAGCCUGAACUGCAUAUCGAGACCCUGUCUCAAAAAAAAAUUAUAAUUUACAUUAGACUGCUAUUUUAUGUUCAUGAUGCAUAGCAAUUCCCUUCAUCCAGGGGACUAACUUCCAUUUCCUUGCUAAGUGAUCGGUUCUGUUAUUGAAAACGGAAGGACAUGCUUCACUCAGCCACACUAAAACACCACCGACAAAGAAUGCUUUACAUGUUUGUAUUCUGCUGACAGUCCUUUUUCCCAGAGCCUGUAAAACAUCUGUGUGUUUUUACAUGUUACUAUUUGGGCUGAUCUUUGUUUUAAGUCAGUAACCCAGAAAACAUUGUUUGCUAGAUGACAUUUGCUUAAUGCUUUUAUUUCUUUUUAAAAUUUAUUUUAUGCUUGACAGGUUUCCCCAUAAUGUGAAAGUCUUUGAGGCUUAGCUAUUUGUCUUUCUCAAGCACGAGUUUGCUUCGUGGUUCCAGAGCCCGCCAGUGCCCAUAUGCACUACUGGGCCAGGUCCAGGUGGGAUGUGUCCCCCUUAGUCACCUGGAGCCUGGAGCCUGGAGCCUGGGCGGAAGGAGCUGUGAGUGCCCCGUGGCCAGCAGAAGCCGGACUUUUGGCCAGCAGGGAGGAGCAGAGUGGAACAGCAGACAGCGGUUUGCCCACCGUUUGUCUGCGCUCCGCCAGUCAUGCCGUCGGCCAGCGCAGCAGGUCACAGCCUGCAGCUCGUGGAGCCUUGUAACGCCCUGAGAGCCGGCCAAAACUGCGCUAGCAGCAGCCGAAGGGACGGACCCUGCCGGUGACAUUGUGUCAGGACAGCUGGGGGCCCAGGAUAGCUGGGAGCUCAGCACCCCGCAUGGCUGGCUGGUGUCCAGCAUCCUGACAGCGCCACCUGGCCGGGGGGAGGCCUCGUGCCUGUGCAUCUCUCCCCAUACCCUUGGAAACCCGACCCGUUCAGCAGGUCGGCCUCUCCCAAGCACCCCUUCCUUACGCACUUCGCAGUAGGAGUGAAGGUCCACAGUGCCCAGCGCUCUGUGCGGUCCAGCAGGACCUGAGAGCUCGCCCCGCCGCUGGGCACCGCCUGCGUGCUGGUGGGGCGCUUGGGCUGCGGCUCGGCAGGCGCCCUUUGCCGCAGGUUCGCGUGAACGCUGCACACGCUCCUGUCCUCCCUGCGGCCGCCUUGCAUUUAGCCGAUGACGAAGAUGCCCUUCGCUGCACGAGCAGUCCACCGAGAGGGAGAACUGGGGCUCCAACGCUAUCGGACGCUCUGCUUGGAGGUGGGACCCAGAGAAUGUGAGAAUCAUGAUGUUGUUAAUGAAAAACAUCAGGUAAUAACUAAAGACCUCAUUCUUGUGGACUGGAAACCCAUUAGCUGAGCGGGCGCUAGGAGGCGGGCACAGCUGCGGGCAGGAGGCCAAGGGCAGGAAGGUGCCUCUGAAGGGUGUGUCCUGACCUCCCUCCUUGCCAGCUGUCAUGUGGUGAGCAGCUCUGCUCUGCCUCUUCAGUGUCUCCAACUCAUCCACAGGCCUAAAGCAAUGGCAUUGGCCAACCAUGGACAGAGGGAGCCCUCUUAAAACAGGAGCCAAAAUACAUUUUUCCUCCGUAAGUUGUUCUUGUCAGGUAUUUGGUAACAGUGGUGAAAAGCUGACUAACACACUUACAGUUAAGAAUCAUCACCAAUAAAAUGUACAACAGCUAGGUGUGAUGGCACACUCCUAAUCCCAGCAUUUGGGAGGUUGAGGCAGGAAAGUUGUUUGCAAGUUUGAAACCAGCCUGGGCUAUAAAGUGAGCCCAAGGCCAGCCUGAACUGCACAGUGAGACCAUCUCAAAAAGACAGUAAAUAAAUAAAUAAAUAAAUAAAUACAAUAAAAAACAUUUUUAUCAUCCCCAAAAGAAUCCUAAAUCUGCUAGGAGUAGCUUUCCACUUCCUCCCAAGUCUCUCAACUCCUGGCAUCCAGUAAUCUACUUUUUGUCUCUGUAGCUUUGCUUUUCUGAACAUUUCAUAAAAAUAAAAUCACAUAUUACAUGCUCUUUUGGGUUUGGCAUGUUUCACUUAAUGUACUGUUUUCAAGAGCUGUGUUCCACAGCACAUGCCAGGCAACCAUUACUGUUGGUGUGAUUUCUAAUACUCCAAAUUGGGCACCAGAGGCCUGUUUAUACUGGCUUCUAUACCUUUUGGACAUGACUCCAUUCAUCUUUAAAUACUUCCUGACACUCACAUAUUUCAGACUCCCUUCUCUUUAGCACACCUACAAGCAGCCACAUUUGAAGAUGCCAGGAUCCUUUCAGGGGAAAGGCAUUUAGGAACAAAUACCUUGGUGCCAGGCACGUUACUUGCCACUGCUCAUCUCUAAUUCCAGGCCUUUCCAUUACAUGGUGCUAAGAAAUGUUUGAAGGAUCAUGAAGUCAAGAUUUACAAGCGCCAGGCAAUACGGAAUAAAAACAGGGCAAAUAUUAGCAAAGAGUUGAAUAUACUUCCCGAAAUUCCCUGUUUAACAACCAGGUUCUGUUCCUGCGAAUAGGUUGCUGAGUGAAUUGUCAUAAAUGAGUAAUUGUAUUUAGUAUGCAAGUCACAGUAUUCAGAACAAAAAAAUGUCAAAGGAAACUCCAACUUGAUGACUGUGCUUUUAUUUCCAUAACUCAUAUAUAGUAAUGUGUAACAAAACAUAAAACCACAGUACCGUACAAUCAGCAAAAAUUACAGUACUGUAUGUAUAAACAAGGUGCACUGCACAAAAAAAAAAAACCACCACCUUGACGUUCUCUACGCAAGGUGUAUAGACCUGUACAAAAAAAAAAUUUAAAAAGUCGUAACUCCAAACAGUGGUCAUAAGUGCAAAUAGUCAUUAAAACCGCAGGUAGGUCAUUAAAUGAGCACUGCAAACAGACAAUACUGCCUUCUCCUUUCUGAUUUAGAUGCCUUGUAUUUCUUUCUCUUGCCUACCUGCUCUGGCCGGACACUGGUACCUGCUGAAUAGGAGCGGAGAGACUGGGCACCCUUGUUUCAUUCCUGAGAAGAAACAGCUUUCACCAUGGAGUAUGAUGUUAUCCGUGGGCGUAGUGUUUAAGGUGCACUUCUUUCUGACUUUAUCAUGAAAGAUUACUCAAUUUGGUCAAAUAUGUUUAUGCAUCUAUGGAAAUGCUUAAUGAUUUCUACCCUUCAUGCUGUUAAUGGGUUAUGCCAUGUUCAUUAUUGAACGUGUUGAGCCAGCCUUGGGGGGCCUGGAGCUACUGCUCUUUCCAGAGUGAAGUAGGCAGCUGCCUGUAUGGUUUGCAUCCUGAGCUGGCCUUUUGAUGACUCACGCUAACCAUUUAUCCUCCUGCCACAACAUGGGGACUCUCACAUGGUUGCAAGCUGAGAGAAUCUGGUGCCACAAUUCUUGCUGACAUGGGGACCUGGGCCACCUGGUCAUACUACUUGCUUUUGUCCCCCAGCUCUGCUCCUCCCUGCCUGGUGCCUAUCAUCCUUCCCUAUCAUCAUAGAUGCUGCCAGGCUAUCGCAGAGCUCAUGCUGGGGCCAUCUAGUCCAUGGUCACUGAAUGCCCACUGCAGGUGUGCAUCUCCACUUGAGUUCAGGAGUAUGCCAGAAGCUAUUAAGGUCCAUCCGUGUGCCAUGGGAGUGUACGGCACAGACUUAACCGUGGACUCUACUGUGACAAGGGGUAAACACAGCUUCUCAAACAAGAUUCUAAAUGUGGGCUACUGAUCUUCCUGUGAAAGCAAACUGCUUCUGGUCAAGUUUCCUAUGAGUCUUGCUUUAUCUAUUUUAUAUGCACAUAUAUCUGUAAUCUUUUCAUUUCCACUCAAUUUUAAAUGUGUUCUCAUCCUUACUAUAAUUUUUUCUUAAUUUUUUCAAAGAUUAUUUGGAAAGAUGUUUUUCAUUUCUAAACUUUGAGUAUUUUAGAUAACUUUUAUUAAUUUCUAGUGUCUGUAUUUUAUAACUAAGACAAAAAUCUGACACUUAUGUUUAGACCGAAUGUCUCAUAACUUCUAUACACAUAUCAACUGUUCUUGGAAAGGAUAUGAACUCUUUAACCAGAGUUCCGUAUCACCUAAAGAGCCUUAUUCAUUUUGUCUAUUUCGUCUAUUUCUAUGGUAAAAAUGAUGUGCAUUUGUAGAUUUGUUAAUUGCUCUUUACAGUUCUAUUGAUUCUAGAUUUGAGGAUAUAUGAGUAGGUAUCUACAAUUUUAGGUUUGAUGUCUUCUUGCUGACUCUUUUUACUAGACAUUACUGUGUGGUUUGAGGAUUUCAGUGCUGCUCAAGGAAAAAACACACGACCAGGAGGUGGCAGUAGAUACAAGCAAGCUUUAUUCUGGGAUCCUUUGACCUGUCUGCUUUGAGGGAAAGGCUUCAACAGCAAGAUCAGAAUUUCUGGAGAUGGGAAGGUGUUGAAGGGAGUUAAAGGGGGAAAAAACAAUCAAAAAUUGUCAAGAUACAGAUACCAAUCCCCAAAAAUGAAUGUAAUUAUUAUGUGUCAGAAGAAUGUACUAAUAAAGAGUCCCAAGGCAUGGGGUCCAGCACCCAGAGGGGAGGAGGUUCAGAGAGAAUGGGAUCGAGGAGGUCACUCAGCAACAUGGGCUGGAGUGUCCAGGUCACAGAGCACAAAGGACAGCAGCAGCUCACGGUUUAUAGCCCAGGCAGAUUCAGACAGUCACAGAGGAUAUGUGAAGCAUGCAGGCUCUAAAUGACUGCUAAGCUGCUUGCUGGAGAUACUUAAAGCAACUAGAUAUGUAAAUUUUGAGUUCAGUGGUGUUGGGUGUCUUAGUUACUGCAUCAGUGCUGACACACAAUACCCAGCACCUGCAAUUUAAAGAGGGAAGAUUUAUCUUCGCUCAAGUUUCAGUAGUCUCAGUCUUUGCAUAGCAGAGGGGCAUGGCCAACAGAAAUGAAGACCAAAGAACAGAGCUCAGAAGGAAGAUGAACCCUUGCGCCAAACCCCUAGUGACCACCUCCCCUAAGCAGGACCCUCCUCCUAACAUCAGGUCAGCUAAAAGCCACCAUAAGCCAACUGCCUUACAAAAGCUUCCCCAUGAGCAUGUGAGGCCCUUGAGGGACACCUAGCCACCUGUGUAGCUCUUUAUGCAAAGUGCAUUUAGUCUAUCUCUAAGAGUUGCCAGAGUCUAACAGGUCAAGCAUUGCUGAACAAUCCAAGUCCUAAGUCUCAUCUCAGACUGACAGCCAACUCUUAGUAGUGAACCCUUACAAAUACCAACAAGUUAAACACUACCAACAUAUAACGGCACAGAGUAAGCAUCAAAUUCCAAAAGGAAAAACCAGGAAGUCAGAAGCCAAUGGGGCCACGCAGGACUGAACCCCAGCAGGGUAACUAGUAAGCCUGUGGAUCAAUGUCCGCCACCCAGCACAAGUUGUGGCAAAAUGUGAAUUGUACAGGGCUUAGGUGGCCUCGUCCCUACAGCAGUGCCUGUGGUUGUAGCCCUCCCUGAUGGAUUUCUCUCUGGCUUUCCUCAUUCCAUGUUCCUGGUUCCUCCAACUUCCUGGGGUCUCCGCCGCACUUCUCACUUUACUCUUACAGUGUUACACACUGCCCUCAGGGACACACCACUUGCUCUCCCAGGCCUCCUCCUGAAAUCUGGCUAGAAGCCUUUGUGACCCUACAACUCUUGCAUUCUGCAUACCUGUUAAAACCAGCACCAUGUGGAUAAUACCAAGGUCUGCUACCACCAUGAGCCAUGGCUGGCCCCUUUGAAUCUGCUAGAGAGGCUCUCAGUGCCUAGACGGCUCAGCACUGUGAACAGAAUUUCAGGGAACAAAUUCCCUAGGUGACCCAUUCUAGAGAACAUUGCAGGGCUUUCUUCCCAAAGCAGUGUCUUCCAUCCUUGCAAUUUUAACCCUUCAAAAAGGUGGGGUCUUGCAGACUUCUGACAUGCCCUCCAGCCAUUUUUCCUAUUGUUCUAAUCCAAAGUACCAGGCUUCUCUUUAAUCCUUUCAGCAGCCAAGCUUUCCUCUGCUGCAACUUUAUACAGGCUUUAACUUUAUGGGAGCUUCCUUUCAGCUAAAACAAACUUUUAAAAUCACUCAGCUGUUAAGGCCAGGGAUAUAGCUCAGUGGCACAGUGCCUGCCUGGCAAAUGCAAUCAUGAGUUCGAUUCCCAGUACCAAAAAAAAAAAAAAAUCAGUCAGCUGUGCCAUUUGCUCUUGGUUCUCAACAGAGAUUCAGCUACAAGGCCCCAAUAAUACCCAUGCCACAGCCUCGACACUUGAGUUUUCUUGAAAUUUCCUCCACCAGGAUGAGUCCACUGCCCUUAAUUGCAGCUUUCCCCAAAGUCGCAGAACAUAAGCAAAAUGUAGACAGAUUUUCUGCCAAAAUAAAACAUCCUGGCCUGGAAUACAA